CGCGACUCGUUAUCUUCUUCACAAGUUCACGUAGUCUUCUCACCUUCAGAAUCCAAUCCCCAACGUCACCUCGAUCAAGACGAGAAACGAACCCCUCCUACGAAAUAUAAGAAAAACUCGUUCGAGUUCAAUUCUCCAAUACAGACGACCACGAAGUGGAGCACUUACUUUUUGUACUCAUUUUGAGCAUAAACCAAUCCCCCUCCACCUCCACCGACCCCCACAAAAAAAAAGCUCCGGAAUUUUCUUUUUGAAAGAAUCCUUCAUUAAUUAGUAAACUACUGUAUAAACCAAAUAGUUCUCUCUAAUCUCUUCCUUUCGUUCUACUUUUCUUCUCUCGUUUAGCUAAAACAAAGCUUUAUCAAACAGAAGAAAUCCACUAUUCCAACCACUGUUUACCAACUUCCAUCUGCAUAAACUUCUUUUCUAGGCUUUUUAGCUCCUCGUUUGCUCCGCGCCAGCCACUGAUAUCUCUGCAUUGGCGACCGAAUGGGAGCCUCCAUCGAAAUCACCGAGAUCUAUUAGAUCUUCUGAGACUCCACAACCUUAUAGUCGGCGAAGCGAUGGCCGGGGUUCGGUUGGGGCGGGGCGCCAAGCGCGCUCCCUUGGGCUUCUGCGCCAAGGUAGCGCUGGUGAUACUUCUAGGGCUCGCUUUCAUCGUUAUCUGGUCCAUUUUCUCCGCCCCGUCCUCCACCGUCCUCUCCUCCCAGCGGAGCAGCUUCGACGAGAUCUUCGACCCCGACGCCUCGCCGGCGGUGGAGAAGAAGAAGGAGGUGGGGGAAAGCAAGAAGAGGAAUCCAAGCUCGCCGCCGAAAGAUCGGAGUGGGAAUGGGAACGGAAGAGGUAGAGGAGCGCCGGAGAAGGAGAAGAAAGAAGGGGGGAUCGAGGAGAAGGCGGCUGCGGCGGUGAAGAAUGAAACGAGAGAGGCGGAAGGGCUGAACGAGGAGGAGAGGGAGUGGGGAGAGGCGAAGGCGAAGGUGGAGGGAUUGGAGGAGGCGGUGGAGGGGGAGGGAGGGAUGGAUGAGGACAUGGAGGACGGGGUUGAUGUGAAUCCGGAGGAGGAGGAGGAGGUGGAUGAGGAGAAGAGUGGGGGGAAUAAGAAGAACAAGAAGAAGAAGAAAAAAUUGGGGCCUUUGUUUGAUCCGGGGGCUCGGUAUAAUUGGAAGCUUUGUGGAGGGAGGCAUGGCCAUAAUUAUAUACCGUGUGUUGAUAUGGAAGGUGGUCAUCGGCAUCAUGAGAGGAGUUGCCCUCGGAUGCCAUGGAUGUGCCUGGUUUCUCUUCCUCAGCAGUAUAGACCUCCCCCGCCUUGGCCCGAGAGAGAAUCCAAGAUAUUUUAUAAAAAUGUGGCUCACCCGAAGCUCUCUGCAUUCAUUAAAACUCACAGUUGGUUAAAUCUAUCUGAGGAGUACUUAUUGUUUCCUCGGCAGCAAUCUGAGUUUAAAGGUGGGGCUCAGCAAUACCUCAAUUCAAUUGAAGAGAUGGUACCGGACAUUGAAUGGGGAAAAAAUAUUCGCGUAGUACUGGACAUUGGAUGUACGAGUGCUAGUUUUGGAUUAAUGCUUCUGGAGAAAGAUGUGAUAACACUAUCUUUGGGACUGGUGAAUGAUCAAACAGAUCUAGCACAAGUAGCCCUUGAGCGUGGUAUCCCUGCAGUGAUGGCAAAUUUGGGAUCAAGAAGGCUUCCUUUUCCAAGUGGUGUUUUUGAUGCUAUUCACUGUGGCAACUGCAACGUGCCAUGGCAUUCUAGUGGUGGGAGGCUCCUCUUAGAGAUGAACAGGAUUCUACGUCCUGGAGGAUACUUCAUUAUAUCAACUAAACAUGGAGAUAUUGAUAAUGAAGAAGAUGCAACUAAACAUGGAGAUAUUAAUAGUGAAGAAGGCAUGUCAACAUUGAUGGCAUCAAUCUGCUGGAAUAUCCUGGCAUACAAAGUUGAUGAGGUCAAUGAAGUGGGUGUUAGAAUAUAUCAGAGACCAGCAUCAAAUGAUAUAUACGAGCUGCGACGGACUAAAGAACCUCUUUUCUGCCAGGAAAAUGACAAACAAGAUGCUGCUUGGUAUACUCCAGUAAAAUCAUGUUUACAUAAAGUUCCAGCUGCUAUAGAGCAACGUGGCACUGAUUGGCCGGAGGAAUGGCCCAAGAGGCUUGAAACUUUUCCUGAAUGGCUGGGUGAUUCACAAGAAAAGUUGACUGCAGAUCAUGAGCACUGGAAGGCUAUCAUUAACAAAUCAUAUCUUAAUGGGAUAGGUAUCGAUUGGUCAAAUAUUCGAAAUAUUAUGGAUAUGAAAGCUAUUUAUGGAGGGUGUAAGCAACCAGUUGUAAUCGUGGUUGAGAUGGAUAGAAUUCUGAGGCCAGGAGGUUGGGCCAUCAUCCGUGAUAAAUUGGAGAUCUUGAAUCCAUUAGAGACAAUCUUGAAAUCACUGCAUUGGGAAAUAAUGAUGACUUAUGCCAAGGAUAAGGAGGGCAUUAUCAUUGCACAGAAGACAACGUGGAGGCCAUAAAGCUAUUGGAUCUAUCCAUGUGCUGUAAUCAUUAAGUUAGGUCUUCCUCCAUUUUGAGGGAAAAGGCUGGGGUUUCUGGUUCUCGAUGUUCAUUCAUCUAUCGACACAAGAAUAUUUGGAAGCAUUUGAUUGCGGGAUUACUCCGAAGCACACCAAAUCCUGGAGGGUUCUCACUUCCGUGAUUGUUAUUUGAAAGUUAAAAGAGAGCUGUUUAUUGGAAUGGCUUGAGUGAAAAACUUUGUUGUUUUACCAUUCAACGCCUGGUAAAAUUUCACAAUUGUGAUGUAUCCUGGACGAGUUUUGAAAUCAUGAUUGAGCGUGUGACGACCGGAAGUUAUUAUCGUCUUUGUGA